AUGAAGGUUGUAGUCGGAGGCGGCUCUGGCUUCGUGGGCCGGGAGCUGACUCGUCUCCUCAAAUCCAAAGGUCAUGAAGUCACCGUUGUUUCCCGACAGCCCGGUCCUGGAAAGAUCACAUGGAGCGAGUUGGAAUCCAGCGGGCUGCCGGCCUGCGAUGGGGCGGUCAACUUAGCCGGAGAAAACCUCAUGAAUCCACUGCGAUGGUGGAAUGAAAGUUAUAAGAAGGACUUGUUUUCCAGUCGGAUCGACACGACCAAAGCUCUGUCCAGCGCCAUCGCAGCCGCCUCCAGUCCGCCGCGCUCCUGGGUCCUAGUGUCCGGAGUAGCCUGUUACCAGCCCAGCCUCACACAGCAGUACACAGAGGACAGUCCCUGGACGCCCUUUGACCUUCUAUCCAGACUGGUGCAGGAGUGGGAGGCAGCGGCCCAGCUCCCGGAGAGCCUGGUCCAGACCACCAGGCAGGUGGUGAUCCGGCCCGGUGCCGUUCUGGGUCGUGACGGUGGUGCCAUCAAACAGAUGUGGCUUCCCUUCUGGCUCGGCGUGGGCGGGACUCUGGGCUCGGGUCGCCAGCCGUUCCCAUGGAUACAUGUGGCGGAUCUGGCCGGGAUGAUCGCCCACUUCCUGGAGUCUCCCCCAGAAGCUCCGCCCACUUCCUCCUCCCCCUCCCCUCAGGUGUACAACGGCGUGGCCCCGGCCCUCAACACCAACCACGACUUCACCAAAGAGUUCGGGAGAGUCCUGCGGAGACCAACGCUGUUCCCGGUCCCCGCCUUCGUCAUGAACGCCACGCUGGGAGCAGAGCGCGCCGUGGUCAUGACCCAGGGCCAGAAGGUCAUUCCUAAACGGACUCUGGAGGCCGGGUACCAGUACCAGUACCCGGACCUGAGCUCGGCGCUGAAGGAGAUAGUGGGAUAA